AUAGAAGAAAAAAAAAAGAUUCAAACCAAAGAAGAAAAAAAUAUCUGAAAAUGUAUCUACUGCGCGCAGUUCACACUCAGAUUUUUGAGUAGGUAUACUUUGAAAUUCAUUUUUAGUCAAUGUUGAUUAACCAUGCGGUGCGGUUGUGUAUAGUCUGUACUCGCUCCUUGUAUUUUUAAUUCCGGAUUUCAAAAUAUAAUAUCUCAUAUCUCAAAAAAAAAAAUUAAAAGAUACAAAUUAAUCAACCCCAAAUCUAUAUCUAAGUGUGAUAGAUACAAAUAAUAAUCUUUGUUUUUUGAAAAUUAGCAGACGCCGAAAAAUAAAGUUGUAUCUUGUCAAAUUAGAAAUAAAAUCAAAAAGGAUUUCCAAAAUUUUGGUCAGCCUUACCUUUCGUAUAAGAAAAGUCCUUGUAUGUGGUGUGUGUUUUUAUUUCUUGUGCUUCUGUUAUUUUAAGUGGAAAUACAUUAGUGUGUAUAUGCGAUAGAUUUUAUAAAUCGGUAUUUUGCGUGAAUAUCGGCCGUUAUCGUGUGAAAAUAUCCUUAGGAGGGAAUUUUUGCUUCUCAAGGAUUUAAAUAAAUUCUCUACUCCACUCAGCUCUACUCCGCUCCAUGGUGCGCAGAGUGUGUGCCUCUGGUGUAUAUUUAUUUAUGUUAAGCUGUGGUUUUGAUGGCCAACAAAAUCUAUAUGUUAAUCUGAUUUGUGAAUAAGAAAAAAAAAAUAAGAUAUAUCCUUUCCAUUAACAACAAGAAAAUUAGAAGGAUUACCAGUUUAGAAGAGAAAAAAGAGGAUUAUGUGAAAAAUAUACAUGAAAAUAAAUAUCAAAAUAUUUAGUGCGUGUGGUGGUGCAAGAAGAAAGUCCUUGAAUUUGAAAGAAAAUAUUAUUUUGUUCGUGUGUCUAACUAACCAUGGAUUACCAGUGCAGAUUGCCGCAAGGAUACGACUCUUAUAGAAACCUUGUUUGAAAGGAUAUUUUUUAUCACAAAAGAUACAAAUUACUUUAGUUUAAACUUUUUUUUUGUUUUCGGUUUGUUUUAAUUUUUUGUUGUUAUCCUUUUUCAUUUUGAAAUAUUUCAUCAACUCUGAUUCAAGAGUGAAAGGAUUUUCAUUUGACUUUUCAAAGUUUUUUUUUGAAAAAAAAGGAUUUUCAUCAUUCCUCAACCAAACAUGCAUCACAAUAAAAUCCGAUACAAGAUUCUGCUCAGCUAUGGCCAACGAUCAAGUUUGAUCGUUUUGAUUGUGAUGUCCUUGCUGACAGUGUCUGUGAAUAGAUCCUUAGUGAGUGCUUCACGGUAUAACCGACAAAAUCACGUGAUGUACAGUGGCGGGAGUAGUAGUAGUAGCAGCAGUAGUGAUGUGGGUGAUCGUGGGAUUGGCGUUGGGCGCCACGGUCACAACCGCAAUUCGAACAAUAACCACAACGAUGUAUAUAGUGUGAACGAUGCAAUGUUGCUGCCACCGAUCAUGAAUCCCAAUGACGAUAAUCCAUUGAUCGUGAAUCAGCAACAGCUGAGUAGUUGUCAGACGGUGUGUGCAUGCAAGUGGAAGGGUGGCAAGCAGACAGUGGAGUGCAUCGAUCGAUCACUCAUCCAGAUCCCGGAGAGUAUUGAUCCUUCGACUCAGGUGUUGGAUAUGUCUGGCAACAAGUUGCAGACGCUCUCGAAUGAGCAAUUCAUUCGGGCGAAUUUGCUAAAUCUGCAGAAACUCUAUCUGCGGAAUUGCAAGAUCGGCGAGAUCGAACCCGAGACCUUCAAGGGACUGACGAAUUUGGUAGAGCUGGAUUUGUCGCAUAAUUUGUUGGUGGUAGUGCCCUCGAAUGCCCUGGGCUUCAUACCAUCUCUGCGAGAUCUGACACUGGCCUCGAAUCAUAUCCAUAAGAUCGAAGCAUAUUCCUUUGGCAAUACCCAGAGUCUGCAGAAGCUGGAUCUGUCCCAUUGUGACAUACAGACUUUGGCUCCACAAGCUUUUGAGGGUUUGGAAAGUCUGACACAGCUCAAGUUGAACGGCAACAGACUGGGAGAGUUGCGACCCAAGACCAUUGAGACCCUGAGCAAACUGCACGGUAUCGAGCUGCAUGACAAUCCUUGGAUGUGUGACUGCCGGCUGAGGGCAGCAAAAUUAUGGCUUCUUCAGAAUAACAUUCCCUAUCCAGUUGCUCCAACUUGUUCGGGUGGUCCAGAACGAGUGUUGGACCGUUCAUUUGCAGAUCUGCAAGUCGAUGACUUUGCUUGCCGGCCAGAGAUGCUUCCGAUCAACCAUUAUGUUGAGGCUACCAUGGGAGAGAAUGCUUCGAUAGUGUGCAGAGCUUCAGCCAUCCCAGCUGCGACCAUAAACUGGUAUUGGUCUGGAAGACUUCUAGCAAAUGGGAGUGCUUUCAGCGCCUAUCAGAGAGUCUACAUAUACGAAGAUGGUCAAUUCGAGAAGCGAAGUCGAUUGAUCCUUACAAACGCCCAGGAAACUGACUCCAGUGAGUUCUAUUGCGUGGCGGAGAAUAAAGCGGGAACAGCAGAGGCAAACUUCACUCUGCACGUCAGUAUGCGAGCAGCUGGUAUGGCCUCACUGGGAAGUGGACAAAUUGUUGGACUCAGCGCAGCUCUUGUGAUCCUUAUUCUCUUCAUCUUCCUCAUAAUCAUGUUCCUUUUGCUGCGAUUGCGCCGAACGCCAUUCAUCGAGAGCAAGACUCCGAACCAUCUCGAGGUUAUUACCACAAUGAACCAUCAAAACUCGAUCACCAACAAGACCCAACCACCAACAGGGAAUGGCAAUAUUGGUGGAGUUGUGAUCGCCAAUGGUGCGAUCCCCAACUGUGCGACUCUCGAUCGCAAGGGCAGCGUAAACGACCGAAUGCAUGCUGAAUCGAAUGACACGAAUCCUGUACAGAAACCACCCCGGCUGACUGACCUGGCCUAUAGCACGAGCAAUUACGACAAUAACGGGAGUGUCCUCUCGACAGCAACUUGCUUCAUCUCGCCCACAGCCUCAGCAGGCAACAAUCCAGACCUGAUAAACGACACAAAACGCUUUGGCAGCGACGAGUUUGCGGACUUAAAGAUUCCGGCGAUUCUCACAGCGAAUUCCAGUGGGGAAUACAGCCGGGCGGGAGGUUGUGACUCCCUGUAUCCAUCUGGUCUCUGGGAGACCGCGACAACAUCCUCAUCGGCGACUGAUGAUCUGUAUCUGAAGAGGGCCACCAGCACAACAAUAUCCGGCUACACAGGGUACUCGGACAAGACUCCGAUCAUGGAAACGAACCAACUGUACGACCUCCAUGAACGCACCACAGACUACUUUAGUAAAACAUUCCCCCGAACACACUUCAACAACGCCCCCUCAACCUCGUCUUCCAUGAUGGUCGGCCAGGGGGCCCAUUCCACGACAUCAACCACGACGACGAAUCUCUCGUCGGGUGGCAACUCCACCUGCGGCUAUCCCUCUGACUACGGACUGCCUCUGGUGCCGGGUGCCGAAACACAAAUUCAUCACACUAUGCAUCCCAUUUACAACAACAACAAUGCAACAUCAGCGAUGACAUCGACCAGUUGCAGCAACAUCAACAAUAACGGUAGUAAUAGUAGUACUAGAAGCUCAACAACACCUGCACCAGUGACGCAUCAACAACCCCUAACGAACCUAAGCGGAACUCAGCAGCAGCAUCAGCUGUUGGCCAACGGCGUACCGGUGAACGCAAAGACGAUACGGGUUUGGCAGAAGGGUGGCGUCCCAGUACUGCCACCAGUGACCGCCUUGAAACGUGCAUUAAUAAGCAGCAGUAGGAGUUCGCCGGAUGAAGGCUACCAAGAGGGAUGCGGAACUGAUGUUUAAGUUUGUUAUCAAUUUUUAUUUUAUUUUUUACAUAAUUAUAUUUUUUAAAACAAUUUUAUUUGAUUAAUUCUUACGACCAGUUUUGUAGAUACGUUUUUAUGCAACAAAACAAAAAGAAUCUUUAGUUUUUAUAUUUUAAAUACUUAGCUCUUUUCCGGUUCAAAAAAUAAAUAAAUAUUAAAAAAAUGAUAAUAAUUCGAUGAAAUUUGUGAAAAGAGAAAUUGUCGACUGAUGGAAAAGAAUUAUAACUAAAAAAUAGCAAAACAAAAAUAAUGAAAAUGUGAUAGUGUUUGAUAUAGUUGAAGCAACAAAAAUAAGAAAAUUUUAUAGGGUGAAGUUUGUUGGUUAAAAAAUGCAUAAUGCAAUUUAAAGAAAAGCUAAAAAGAAAUAAAAUAUUUAUAUGUACAGUGAUUUGCAGUGAAUUUUGUGGAAGAUAAUAAGUUAUAUUUAAAAAAAAUAAUAUGUAAAGCUUGGUGGAAUUAUUUUACUUGAUGGUAAAGCUGGUAAAUGACGUAGAUUUUUUAUACUUUUUUUUCGAACUUUUUUAUAAUAUUUAAACUUUUGAA